AUGGUAGUUAUAAAUCAGAAUAAUCCAGAUGCACAUGAAUCUCGCUCUCUCAUCGGAGCUAACCGCAAUUCUCAAUAUGGCACUACAGAAAAUGGGCAACCCUCCACCCUAGAUAGUAAUUCUACAAUUGGCACAGCUGGUUACUCGACAGCCGAAGAUGACUGUUUUCUAAUUGCUGGUAAUACAAAUGAUUUAUCGAGCAAAAGUUAUCGUACGGCAAAUGAAGAUGAAGCAAUACCAAAUCCAACAGAAGCACAAGUUGAAGACCAAAAUUCAUCCAAGUCAGUUAUUGUUGGCGUCAUUCUAGUUGUUGUUUAUGCUAUAUGUCUCUCUGCAGCUACCCAAACUGGAAAAGAACUAUAUACUACUAGUAAUUUCACUGGAGCCUCACUAGUUGCUUGGCGUGCUUCUAAAUUCUAUAUGCAAAAGGGAUCUUCCUUGAGAAUCACCAUUAUCAAAAUUAUUCCAUUAACUUGCCUAUCAUUGGGCAUUGCCUAUUUCUACUUGAUUUCGCUAUCAUUCUUAUCCUCAACAAAUGUUUCGGCGAUAUAUUCCUUCUCCGCAGCAAUUGUUUAUGUUAUGUCUUUAAUUUUCUUGAAAGAACCCUUCUUAUUCCUGCGGUUCUUGGCCGUGGUAAUCUCAUUAGCUGGCGUGGUAUUGAUUACUAUUGCCAAAGAAGACGGCUCUUUUAUAGUAUCAGGCGUAUUUUUGGCACUAGCGGCCGCUUUUUGUGGAGCUAGUUUUCGGAAUAAGACGAUAUGUCAUCGCAGUUUCAUUAAUGAAGCAUUGUUUCAUUAA